GCCAAAGUGGCACAUACACCGGUGCAAGCUGGCAAGCGCCAUACCCGGCAUACCCUGGACAAGGAUUUCCCACCCCCCAGAUGCCACCCGGAUACAACCCUCUGAACCCCUACAUGGGCUACCAACAACAGCCGCCUCUGAACUAUCCCCAUCCAGGACAUCAACCUUCAUACCCCCAGCAAGGACAACAGCCACCUUACCCACAACAGGGACAGCCAUAUGGUCAGCAGUACCCUGGCCAGCCAGCCUACCCACCACAGCAGCCCCCUCAGGCUGGAUACCCCUACCCAGGAUACCCUCAACAGUAUCAUUAA